AUGUUGAUCACAUUUGCUCGUGCUACAACAUAUCAAUCCCGUCGCCUUUUCCCAAUUUCCCCCAGACUUGCUCAUAUCUCCAGACUUUCCCAAUUGUCCAUCAUUCCAGCCAUGAAUUUGAUGACUAUUUCCCAGCUGUUGGAUGAGGCCUACACCAAGCACAAAAUCGUGCCCGAAGUGGUUGACAAGUUCGACACUCAUGGCUUGUUGACAAUUGAGUACAGCCCCAGCGCACUUGUGACCAUGGGCAACACCUUGAAGGUUUCCGAAACCCAGGAGAGACCCAAGAUCCAAUUCACCUUGAACUCGUCGAGCCAGGAGCCCGAGUUGCUGAUCGAAUCAGAGGACCGUUUUACGUUGAUUUUGACGGACCCAGAUGCACCAUCCAAUUGGGAUCACAAGUGGUCAGAAUAUUGCCAUUGGAUCGUCACCGAUCUCCACUUGAAUCCCAACAAUCUGGAGUCGCUGGACUCUUUGUCGACGAUUUUGGACUUGUCUAAGGGCAAUGAACUUGUGGAGUACGAGGGUGCCGGCCCUCCGGAGUACACCAAGAAGCACAGAUAUGUGUUUUUGUUGUAUAAGCAGGAUCCUAAGGCCAAUUUGGUGGCUCCACCAGAUAGACCUACGUGGGGCACUGGAACUCCGGGCUCAGGAGUCCGUGAUUGGAUUAAAAAGCAUGGAGGCGACUCCAAGUUGUUGGGAGUGAACUUUUUCUAUUCGCAGAACGAGGUUCAAGAGUAA